UAAAUCAAUAGACAAACUGGACUUGUUUAGUUCCAUUAUGUUUAUUCAGCUAAUGCAAGUUUUUACAGUAUUAUGUACUGAAAACAAAUCAUUCCAUUGCUGUCACAGCUCAGAACUCAGUAAAAUUAGAUCAACCGCUAAAAUGUACAUCAAUUACUCAAUGCAGCUUGUUUAAAAAUAAUACACUCAAUACGAUGUUAUAAAAAAAUAAAAGCACUUGACAACCCUGUAAACACACCCUCUCUUCACAGCCAUGGCUUCCAACAUUAUUUAUGGCACCUGCAGGUGACGCACUAACAAACAGAACAGGAUACUGCACAAGGCUUCACCUCUCCUCUCACUUCACAGUCAGCAGAAACUGAAAGUCCCCGUCGUCUUGGCUGCCUUCAAAUGCAAAGAGCGUGCGUGACCUCUCUCUCACCUAAAAUAAAUAUUAGGCCAUCUGUGUUAUCUGCACCACACAUACCCUGUAAAAUAAAUAAAGAGAUCAGGCCAAGCUCAAAUGUGUGUCAUGGUCAUGUCCAAUGGUCGAAGCCGGCGCGCUCUUGUCUGCAGUUCGUCGUCUGAGCCUCGGCCAGUGCCGCUCUGCGUCAUGCUACAGUGCUUCAAACGUCUUCAGCAGCCGUCCAGCUGUCAGAGGACUCUCAGUGCACUUGACAGUCUUUAUGCUAGGUUUUUGAUACUACUGGAAACCCCCUUUGAUUUGGGAAACCAGGGACUGACAAGGGAGCCGGCGAGCCACUGGGAAAUCUGACUGCUUUAUUCAUUGGAUCGGGGACCCAUCCAUUCCUUUUUCACAGCACAAGUUUGUGUGGUCAGCUCAACACCAGCCGCCGCUCUGAUAGAAGUGAAGAGAGAUCAUGAAGAUGUCUGUCCUGCAGGAGAUCAAUCAAAAUGUGAGGAACAUGAAGCCUUUGGAGUAUUCAAUCCUGGCUGGACGGUUAAGUCAGAUCAAGGAAGAGCUCAGACAGGGGGUCAAAAAGCCGUACCAAGAAAUGUUGGACGUCUACAUGGGUGACCCGCACAAAGGAGGUGUGAAGCCUCUGUCAUUUGUACGACAGGUUCUCGCAGCCUGUCUUUACCCCGAGCUUGUGAACAGCAGCAAACUGCCGGUGGACGUCAGACAGAGGGCUCAGCGGCUUCUCAGCAGAUGUGAUGGAGGAAGUGUAGGUUCUUACACUGCUACACGGGGUAUCCCAGAAAUCGUCCUCAGAGUCUCUGAAUUCAUAACUAGACGAGAUGGUGGAGUUCCAUCAAACCCUAAAAACAUCUUCCUCAGCCCCGGCUCACAGUGGUCGCUCUCGAAGAUUCUCAGCGCCUUGGCGAACCCAGAGAGUUCACCCAGAAAUGGUGUGCUGUCUCCGGUGCCGUGUCACAACACCACCGCCAUGUCCGUGACCGGGCUGGGGGCGGAUGUCGUCCCCUACUACCUCAGCGAGGAGCAGGGCUGGGAGCUGCAGGUGGAGGAGCUGCAUCGAGCGCUGGAAUCCGCAAAGGGAGUGUGUAACCCUGUAGCUCUGUACGUCGUCAACCCUGGGAAUCCCGACGGUCACGUUCAAAGCAGGAAAUCGAUGCGAGAGGUGAUCCAGUUUGUUUCAGAGAAGAGGCUCUUCCUCCUGGCUGAUGAGGUCUAUCAAGACUAUGUUUUUGGGGAAAACAGUGAGUUUGUGUCUUAUAAGAGGGUUCUGUCUGAGAUGGGCCCUCCUCUUUCAGACACAGUGGAGCUGGCGUCCCUCCACUCAGCCUCCAAAGGCUUAAUGGGAGAAUGUGGUCUGCGCAUUGGAUACAUGGAGCUGGUAAAUCUGGACCCCGCUGUUAUGAAACACAUCUUAACAAUGUUCUCGACAGACACCUGUGCACCCGUGUUGGGUCAGAUUGCCCUGGAUCUGAUGAUGAACCCCCCUCAACCAGGAGAACCCUCAUACCCACUUUAUCAUAUGGAGACGCAAAACAUCAAAAACACGCUGGCUGGUAACGUGAAGAGAGCUGUUGAGGUUGUGAACAGUCUGCCGGGUUUGUGCUGCCAACCGUUGGAGGGAGGAGCGUUUGUGUUCCCCAGAGUGUACCUUCCACCUUCAUUCAUUCAGAAAGCCAAGGAAGCGGGACUGGAACCAGAUACAUUCUACUGUUGUAGACUACUGGAAGAGGCUGGUUUGCUCGUCGGUCCUGGUUUUGAGUACGGACAAAAGGAGGGCACCUACCACAUCAGGUUUUGCAUUCUAACCUCUGCGGAAAUUAUGGAAGAAGUACUGAGACGCCUGACCUGCUUUCAAAAACAGUUUAUGAAGGAUUUUUCUUAAAUUAAAGAAAACAAAAAAAAGAAAACAAAAUCCUUUUCUUGUGUCAUUUUAACCUUGAGUUGUAUUGCAAUAAAUAGAACAUCUUACA